AUGGGUCCCUUGCCUCCAACAGUUCAAGGCCCUAGAUACCUCACUGGUGAUGUGCAGUACAUGAAUGAUGUGGACCCACCGGACCCCAUUACAUAUACGCAGAAGGAUUGGAAGUGGUUCGAACUUCCAUACAACGGCCGUGUACUUAAAUACACUGUCGCUAUCUCAGGUCGUCAGCCCGCUACCGGCUACCCAAUGUUCAUUGGCUUAUGCGGUGGAGGGACUGACAACGACCCUCCUGGACUCAGAAAUACUGGAUCUUGGAUCGAUGCAUCGACCAGAUAUUUCAGCAUACCAGUGCAAGAUCAGACGAAGGCUGGAGGAGUCUUUACGACCGAAGGAGCCGUCCUGGUUGUGCCCCGUGGGGUGUCCGAAUUAAACAACACGGACAGCUACUUUCUACAUUCCGAACCAGAGUCGUACGUUCUUAUCGAGGCACUUAUUGCAGACCUACUUCAGAAGCAACCUCAACCUGUCUUUGACAAUGCCCAGAAAACUUCAACACAGUUUAACGACGCGGCCCCAUCCCUGAUAGAUCCGGAUCGUGUGUUUCUCACCGGAUACUCUGCAGGGGGCAAUGGCGUCUUUCAACUGUCUCAACGUAUAUUGGAGCGCUUCGCGGCAGUGAACGCCGGUGCUGGCCACCCAGAAGGCACCAACUUCAAGAAUCUUGCGAACCUUCCCAUAAGCCUCCAAGUUGGUGAGUUAGAUAACUACCAGGACGGAAAUAGGGUUUCGCAUAGCCGGUCCCAAGUGUACGUCAAGGCGAGCUUCGACAUGGAUACACUUCAAAACAAUGGCGUCUACUACAUCCACAAGUGCGAUGUUGUCCAGGGUCAAAAGCAUGAGGGCCCCUGGGAUCAACCCCCGCCCGUAGGAAACUCGGACGCACCGCAGAGUGUACUAUCUGACUUGCACGACUGGUACGCGGACUCAACCCAUACCACAGUAAAGGCCAGAGCCGUCACGUCCCUCAAUAUCAAUCCGUUCCGCUGGUUCAUGAACCCUAACAAUGUAACUGGCUUUAAACGCACCACGGAUCCCAACUGGGUCGUCUGGGACCUUGGAACCCGCCCGCCCAAGCCCGAUGGUGUGGACAAGGCGCUACAACUCAGCAAGCCUGGCUGGCAACCCAAACGCUUCUCGUACUGGCUCUACCUACGCGACGCAAACGCAGACGAAGUGACUAUCGAGGCAGAAUACUCUCGCGGGCCAACAAGCAACUGGAUCGACUUCAAGACGCCGCAACCCUACGUCGUCAUCCUGCUGCGAGAGGACAUGGUCGACUACACAAAAAAGGUCGACGUGCACGUCGGUGGUCAGCCUACAGGCGUGUCAUUCACGUUAACGGCCAACCAGACUAUCCGUGCCGAAACAUUGGCGGCGAGGAAUGAUCCGCAUCUUGUGUACUCGGCCGCGGUGUACCUAGACCAGAACCCGAAUAAGACUUGGGUGCCCCGCUUGGCGACGUCUUUGGCAACGAUUGAUGUGGCGUAUACGCCUGCUGCUGAACUCUAG